ACUGAUGAGAUAAUGAUGAAUAGAUCAUCAUUGUCUUCACUGGAGUCACAGCUAAUCGCCUGUCAGGAAAGUAUCGUCACGUACGAGGAAGGCAGGCAAUGCAGAGCUGUUUUUGUCCUUAUCGUGACGCCAAGCCUUGUCAGUGUCGCAGUAGCAGUGCACAUCUCCAGGUGCAACAUGCGAUCCACCGCCUUUUGGUUGUGUGUAGCGGCCAUUGUGUCUGUUGGGGGCGCUGCAGGCAUAUCGAGGAAGGUGUCAUGUUUCAAGCCUCUUCCUCCAACCCGUACCAAUGUAACAACUGACACCUCUGCUUCUACAACAACAAACCAGUCAACAUUCGGCAUCGACCUUCUCUCAACACACCCCUUGUUAAACGAUACAUUGCAAAACGGUACAGACGUCUCAGCCGAUCAGGGGAAACUAGACCAGGUUGUUAACGGCGUGUACAAAGAUCGAGAGACUCCACAACCCUUCGGGCCCUAUGUUUAUAGGGGACCCCAGGGUGCGGUGGUGGCUAGGCGGGGCUACAUAGAACCAGACGAGGAGUUAUGGGACGAAGAGCCAGACGAGUGGGAACCUCGUCACCAGCCUCGUAACAACCUUGGAAUUUUAGGUAACCGUCUUAUGGGUGGAGGUAAUGGCAAUGGAUGGAGAGGUAACAGGCCCAGGGGAACGGGUAACCGGGGCUUGUAUAGGGAGCCCGACGAGGAAGAAGAGGAAGAAGAGGAGGAGGAGGAGGAGGAGGAAGAGGAUGGACCACGCUCAGGACGUCCGAAUACUUGGACAGGAAACAGAAACAACUGGGGUGGUCCAGUAAAUGGGGUGAAUGCAAGGCCAGCGUUCGGACUGACCAGGAGACCUCCCAGUGCUUGGACCGGAGGUAGCUUGUGGAGGCGUCAAGUGUCGGACCGGAAACGGAGACAAGUGGCCGUUGUCUCGGGGAAGGUAUCAUGUGACCCCUUUCAUAAAAUAAGAAUCGUCAAUGUGACAGUGGGCUACUCUCACGACGGCAUAUGUAACAGCAGACGGCCAAGGUGUCGCAGGGAUGCUACUUUAGAUCAACAGGUGGCGCUUUGUGAUGGCGCGGAGUCAUGUGACCUCAGCUAUGAACAGACGCCAUUUGCAGAAUGUCCUCGAGCAAUCAAUUUCGUCACCGUUGAACAUGAAUGUUUGCCAGAUGAAUCCACAUUUGGUAUAUGUGACUUGGCAAUUACAAGUAAAAAUGGCCCCGUCAUAGUUACAUCCCCUGGCUAUCCAGGAGGCACGUCGGGGAGGGCGGGAGACUUCAUGACGUGUGAGUGCGUCCUCAGAACGGAGCCAAACUCCUCCAUCACCAUUACGGCCCUGUCAACUAACAUGGCGGGCAACGAGACCCUGUGCACCGAGGACAUGCUUCUCAUGGAGAAGAAGACCCACCCAGAGGCCAAGAAGUUCAUGGUCGUGGGGGAAUUGUGUGGAAAGACUCGUCGAGAAGCCCAACCCCUCGGUAGCAAUGUCAUCCGGAUGACGUACCUGACAGAGAUACCUGCCGUGGCCGACAGGACCGGCUUCCUCGGCAUAUUCGAAGCCCAUGGUCCCAACUCCAGCCAAGCUGCCCUGCUCAUGACCUGCCGUGACAUCAGCUCCGUCCCGGCCAUCACAGAACAGGGGACGCAACCCAGCAACGCGCCAAGUGCAAGCAAACCCAUAACAACAUCAGCCCCCAACGUGGUAAAGACGACAGCAUCCAUCGCCUCCGCUGGUGGAGUUGGUGCCGUCAUGGGAGGGGAAGGGAGGGACCCGGUGAAGGAUGAGGCUGCUGAUGCUAUACCAGGGGGACUUCUCUCGGGUGUCGUGGCGUCUCUCGUCUCCGUCAUCGCCAUCAUGGGCAGCAUCUUCGUCUACCUGCUCUACAGAAGGUCCCAGAGGAAGAAGAUGAAGGAAUACAACCGACAGUCUACUGGAAGCAGUGGGUCCUGGUACAAUGACCCAACCUAUACUGAAGCCGCGUACAACCAGCCCGACACACCCGCCACUGUCAGUCAGCCCGAGAUCCCUGUACAAAAGACAACAGUUGACAGUGCCACAUACACAUCGCCACAAGAAAUAACGCCGGCGUCUACAACAUCCACCGAAACAGCGGCACCGACUCCAGCACCACCUCCUUCUGCCCCACCGAGGCGGAACAGGAAACGCCAACAACGAGACGACAUCGUCUACGACAAUGCUGGCGCUGGCACGGAAGAUGACUACGCUAGCAUAUCGGACAUCUAUAACAACGCCAAUCUGAAGUAAACUAUGGCGCCGUGAUCGUUCCGGUCGGUGCACCCCACCCUUGCAUGGCGUCUUUUCCCUUGUGAACAGGAUUGGUAUGUCUUCCGUGUGUCGAAGUGUUGCGCCUAUUGUGGGACAGCUUCAUCCGCGCCCUGAUGUCACAUGCCAAGCUGUGCUUAUACUCAUUGCCUGGCCCCAGCGACAGUGAAAUGUAAAUUUUUAAAAUAUUCACACCAACAUAAAUUAUUUAUCAACUUUUUAACUCCAUGGUCACGUUAGGAAUCUUCGCAUUUUUUUUGGACAACCAACUGUGCCUUAGUAGGAAAGGAGCUAUGCGCCAACACAUUUUGGAAAUAUUUAGCCUUGUUAUAAUUGCACACGUCGAGCACCGCUUAACUUCCAUAUUUCCACCUGUCUCAAUAAAAUCAUGAACACAU